UCGUGGAUCCUGGAUAUGUACACAAUGCAAUGGAAAAUAUGAAUGUGGCUUCUAAUAACCAGUCAGCAAAGCGGCCGUCCACCUGGCUCCCGAGACGGCCAGUCUCUUAGGCAGGGACACAAAGUACAACCUGUUGGAUGUUUGCUAAAACACUGAGUGCUGUAUGUGUAUGACUAAUAAGCAAACUUGAGCUUGUGAUUAAACACAAAGGGAAGCCUUUAUCUUUCAGGGAGCAAACCCGAUCACAAGGGAUGGUGUUAGAUGGGUGAUGUGUGUAAUGUGUUGUUGUCCACAUCACACUGCAUAUCAACAUUGUCUUUAUGUCUGUUCCUUUUUCUUCGAUAAAAAAGAAACUUUCUAGUGAUGUUUUAACUUUCAUAUUUCUCUACAUUUCAAAAUGUCUUCUUUGGAUUGUUUAGUUAAACAAGGUUCGCGGGAAAAUUAUAGCGCUUUAGGAAGAGCAGGUGCUGUUUUUGAAGAGUCUCUUUAGCUGGUGAAUGGGAGAUGUUUCAGGUGUUGUUCAAGUCAAUGAUACUUUUCCUUUUACAGGGAGCCGUAUUUGUACAUCCACACCAGCCAGUGUAACAGAGGACAACCAGGUGUCUUACGAGAAUCCUCCGCUGUGACCAGGAAACACAAUAUGAGUCUGUAUUGAACCAUGCUUCCACGGGGAGGAAUACAAUGCAUCUAUUCAUUGUGCACUUGCUGUGUAAUGCUCCACCUGGUUGCCAUGUCUGGAAAUCAUUGUUCUAGCUCUUUUUGUUGUAUGGGGAAUACACCUGUUUAACCAGAUUCGGUCAAGUAUGAAAGUACAUUUUGGGUUACAACUUUGUGUUUUAGUUUGUUGCUGUGCUAGUGUGAGGCAAUAUUACAAAAAAAUCUGAGUGGCCCAUUAUUGUACGUUGGCCCUCUAUCUUUCUGCUGGGUUUAGACUGUUGAACUGAGGCUAUUUCUGGUUUAAUGAGCAUAAAUGUGUAAACCUCACUGUAUAACUAGAACCUUGAAAACAAUGUCAAAGCAGGAAGUUCAAAAAACAAUAUACUGCACCUUUGUGCUUGAAUCAUUGGAAACUGUUUUGAUAUUAAUAUGUGUGUAUAAGCGAUAAACAUUAGAUGACAGUAGACGGAUGAAAUUGAAUGGGUAUUUCAUUACUAAGCUGAAGUAUCGGCUAGCGUGAUUAAGUCCAAGAUAUGUUUUUAACUAUUAAGCUGAAGUUGUGGCUAGCCUUGUUGAUAAUGACUGGUGAACAAAGUUCUGUGGCUGCAGGCAGGUGAGCAUACAAACUUUAAAACUCUCCUCCCUCUUAACUAUGCCCUUUGCUCUGUGGAUUUGUGUUCUCUUCUUCAAUACCCGUAUUUGCUUUGCUACAGUUUAGAAGAGGUUUGACCUAAUAAAGUCCCCGAGGCAGUCCCCGAGGCAGUCCCCGAGGCAGAGGCGUCAGACAACAACUGAGGGGACGGGGCCAGGAAGUUCAGCAGUGGAGGGGGCGUGGCCAGAUAGCUCUCCCGUGACAGGCAUGGCAGGGCAGGAGCCCGGAGGGAGGGGCCACUGUACCUGUGUGAAGUUACCAGCAAGUCAGCAGUGCACAGAAGGACACCUGUUGAAAGUCUCAGGCUCUCACUCACCUUCCCCCUGGCGGGACAGCGAGCACAGGGGAAAGGAGUAGGGCUUCUUUUCGCCAACAUGGAUCCUAACAGGGAGGCUGGCAACAACGGUGGCGAGAGGGAAAAGGAGAGGGAAAAAGAGAAAGGGAUCAAGAGGAGGACCAGACCUAACUUCUUGCGGUACAUGCACCAGAGGAGGAAGACGGACACAAUCACGGUGGCCAGCGAUGACACCGCCAUCGGCAUUAAUGGGGACAUCAACCUAGGGACCCUGGUGAGGAGGAGUCAGUCGGACAAAACGGAGUACAGCGCCAAACUUAAAGAUAAAAUGGGCCCCCCCUGCCACCUGUCGUCAAUACUUGCCUCCCCGGCCCUCGACCCAGAGGAGGUCCGCCAGAGGAAGAUGAGCCGGAGGUCAAAGGUCAUACAGGAGCUGGUGCAGACGGAAAGGGACUUCCUCACUGACCUGGAUCUCUGCAUACAAGAGGUGGUCAAGCCCCUCAGGGAAAGACAGGUGGUGGACGUUGAUCGUCUGUUCACCAACAUGGAGACUGUGUGUGAGGUAUCGGCUACGCUACUCCACGGGCUCCAAAAUGCCAUCGCUGAGCCUGACCCAGAAGCACAGGUCAUAGGGGAAGUGUUCAUUCACUGCAAAUCAGCGCUGGAGAAUGUCUAUAAAAUAUACUGCUAUCACCACGAUGACGCAAACUCUCUGCUCAAGUCCUACGAGAAAGAGGAAGAGACAAAGAAACAUUUUGUCGCCUGUGUAUUAUCGCUGAAGCAGAUUUACGACCAGGAGGGUAAACCCAACCUCUUGGACAUGGGGUCUCUGCUCAUCAAGCCAGUCCAGCGGGUCAUGAAGUACCCUCUUCUCCUCGGGGAGCUGUGGCAGAGCACGCCCGAUGACCACCCCGACCACCUGCCCCUCCAGGAGGCCCUGAACGCCGUCAAGGUCGUUAACGUCAACAUCAACGAGUUCAGGAGGAGGAAGGACAUUGUAAUGAAGUACAAGAAGACAGAGGACGAGGGGGGCACAUUGAUGGACAAACUGAACAAAUUGAGCAUUCACUCUCUCAGGAAAAAAUCGGACAGGCUGACAGGCUACAUCAAGAUCCUAACAGGCGUGGAACCACAGGUGAGAGACGAGGUGUUUGACAAGGCAGAGAAGUUGUUCAGGAGUCUGGAGAAAGCCGUUCGACAACUAGUAAAGAACGUCCAUAAUUACCUCACGCACACACAGGAGAUGGUCGGUAUUGCGAUCCACCAUGCCACCGACCUGGACGACAUCAUCAAGGCACCAGACAAAAUAGAAACCAACGGCACUCAGCAUAUGAAGAAUGGCAACGACCCAUACCAGCACUUUAAAGAAAUGUUGGAGCGUCUGGUCCUGGCCCCGCUCUCAUCCCUGCAGGGAAUGUUCGCCGCCCCGCAGAAACUCAUCCUGAAGCGCUACGACAAACUACUGGACUACUGCAGCCGGCUGGAGCGGUCACCUUCCUCCUCCUCCGCGUCUCCCGUCUCCUCUUCCUCUCCGUCGCCGGUAUCCGAGGACCAGAUAGCGGCCCGGCGGGACUAUGAGGCCCUGAAUGCUCAACUGGUGGAGGAGCUGCAGAGGUUCAACAUGGCCGCCCGCACCAUCCUGUCCAACUGUGUCGUCUGCCUGGUGACGCUUCUCAAAGGACUGAUGGAGACGGCCCGCCACCACGCGCCGUCCAUGCAGCAGCUUCCGGCACCUUUGUCCAACAUCUGUGAAGUCCAAAGCAGCAUCAUGGAUGAGCUCAACAACCUGACAUUCGUCAAGGAAAACGCACAGAAACUAAUGGAACGCAAAGUCAGCUUCGAGAAAACCAAGAGAAGCUUAGCGGUCCCGGAGAUCCAGCGUCAGACGGAGACCCAGCGGGCCAGGCUGCUGGAAGAGUACACAGCUGACAGGCUGUACCAGCUGAAGAGGAACUGUAACGGGUGCCAGGAGCUGGAUGUCAGUCUACUGGAGGGGGAACUGGUGGGCUUGCUGGAGGACAAAGACCCCCUGGGGAGCCGCGGGCGCUGGCUGGUCGACACCGGUAGUACCCAGGGCUACGUCUACUCGUCCUUCCUGAAGCAGUACAACCCCAACCGGGAUCCGGGACGAACAGGCCAGGGCACCAGGACCGCAGAGCCCCAGCAGGCCGUGGAGGUGCAGGACGAGGACUUUGACAACCUCAGCCUGUUCGUGUCGAGCAGCAGCAGGAACAACAGCUUCAGGGGUCAAAGCAGCAUGCGGAGCAUGCCGAAUUUCAGCCUCUAUAACGACACCUCUGGCGCCGCGUACGACAGCUGCUCCACCCUGUCCAGCCUGCCUGGGGACACGGAGCCCGGUGUACCACAGGACGCGGAGACGGACGCCGACGACCAGCAGUUCUACGCGGUGUAUGCGUUCCAGGCUCGCUGUGAAAAGGAACUAACCCUGCUGGAGUACCAACACGUGAAGAUCCUCAAGUUCAGCGACCUGGGUGGCAACAAGGACUGGUGGCUGGCAGAGGCCAACGGUCAGAAGGGCUACGUCCCGGCCAACUACCUCGGCAAGAUGUCGUACGCAUGAAGGAACACACCGGCUCAAUCCCAUUAAACUGGCUCAAUCCCAUGUUGAUUCCUGGACCCAAAAAAGACAGUUCCUCCAGGCACAUUAGGGGUGGUCCUGGGUUAAUGUAUAUUUUAAUGUAGAUUCCUAAAAAUUAGGCCCAAUCUGUCCAGAGAAAACAGCCUCUAUGACCUUGUGAAGAUUUGAAAGGCCAAAGCAGAUGUAUUACCAUCUGGGCAAAGCAGUUUAGUUGCGUUGUCAAGAGCGGGGGUCCCUAUGCUCAACAGUUUCUUGUGUGAAAGGUCAGAACAUAAUUACAAAUUAUUGGUAUACUGGAAGUUAAUCACAAAAAAAAAAUCGCUGAUUUCCUUGUGUGUAAUUACAAAAUAUGUUUCUUAGCUAAGCUAACUCUAAACUCAUUCGCGGAAUCCUGGUUCAGAUAUUGAUAUGGGAUGGAGCUGAGUAUAAUGCUUUAUUUAUUUUUUAUCAACAAAUGUAACGCAAAGAUAACUGUGAAAAUGAUUGCAUCCUUGCUCUGGGAAAGCCAAAUCUUGCACCAAGAAUGAAGAUAUUACCGUGCUGAGCACUUUCUAUUGCCUCCUGCAGUGUUGAUUACUUCAUAUGAAUGUGAUGUCCAGAUUAAACAAUAAUUAAGAGUGAUAUCUAAUAUAUUUAUGUCCAGAAAAUGUAUUUUAAGAGUUUAUCGUAUGUUAAGGUUCUACAUUACUUCUAUUUAUGUAUAUUUUAUGAUAUCUGUCUUGAUGCGUAAUAAAGAGUUUUGACUGAUGCCCGUUCGUGUUCAUUAAAGGGUUUGGAUAAAAUGACUGCUCCCUAAAGAUGUUGAGGCAUUAUCUGUUUUUUUCUGAUUCCAGGAGUCCCCUCACAGAAAUAAGACAAAGUACGCCAGAAA